AUGAACUUCAGCCAAACAGAAAGGGAAGAGAGGAGAGGGAUCUGCGGGAGAAGGGGAUGGGAGAGUGAGGGCGGCGCCGGCAAGCGUCACUGCCGCCGCGCCGUCAGGAACGAGAGAGCCCACGGUGGAGAAAGGGGAGAUGCCGCCACUGUACCCGUCGCCGUCGACCCCGCCGAGCAGAAGCUUCCAUGGCCGUCGCCGUUGAGCUCACAAGUGAGAGAGAAAGAGUUCGCAGGUGAGAGAGGAAGGUGUUGCGCCGCCGUUCGUUGCUGUUCAGCCACCGCCACGCCUUGUCGUCACCGGAGUUACCACCGCCACGUGCCACCGCCGCUUCUCACCGCCGAGGGGAAGCCUUGUCUACGUUGCUGCCUUAGUCGCCGGACUAUGGAUUACUGUUUUAGUCGUUGCUGGUUUACCGUUCGAAAAAGGCAUAAUUGAUGCUGAGAUCGUUGUUGUUCUUGCUCCGAGAGAACUGAUGUCACUGUCGUUGCUGUUGGUUCUGAAUCCUAUUACAUUGAUUCUGGUUUGCUCUUCUCCUUGGUUCUGACCUAUUUGGCACGUUCUAUUUUGUCACUUUUAAUUGC